CUAGGAGUUGGCGCUGCAGGCUGCAACGUUACGUCCCAUCCUUCCAGGGACCAGGGAAGGGAAAUGGCUGCCGUGGGGCAAGUUCAGGGGCCGGUGACUUUCGAGGAGGUGGCUGUGUAUUUCACUGAGGAAGAGUGGGCUCUGCUGGACCCCGCUCAGAGAGCCCUCUACGGAGAUGUCAUGCAGGAGAACUAUAAGAAUGUGACCUCGCUGGGGUUUCCAGUUUCCAAACCCGAUGUCAUCUCCCAGCUGGAACGAGGGGAAGAGCCGUGGGCCCCAGAUCGCCGGAACUCAAAGGAAAGAGAGAUCCUGAGAGGCAGCCGAGUGGCAGGUGAUGGGAUGGUGAGAGAGACCGUGGAGCAGAAUCCUCAGCAGGAAGAGGAGCGAGUGGAGCCACAGGGGACGUUAUUGCAAAGAUGCAAAGGGAGUGUGUCCAGGAGUUGUGAGCAGGGAAAAGGCUCUCAGGGGCAGCACAGGCCAGAGAAGGGGCAGGGAAACCAGCCAGUGCAGACAGUUGGAAUAGCUGUUAAUUAUCGGGGAACUCACAAAGGUCUCAAGGAAACCACGUCCCCGCAGAGAAUCCUGACGGGAGAGAGAAAUAACACGGGCUUUGAGUGUGGGAAAAAGUUCAGGAGGCGCUCACACCUUAUUACCCAUCAGAGAAUCCACAUCAGAAUGAGACCCUAUGGAUGCUGUGAGUGUGGGAAAACCUUCACUGAGCGCUCAACCCUUAUUCGCCAUCAGAGCAUCCACACCGGAGUGAGACCCUAUGAAUGCUGUGAGUGCGGGAAAGCCUUUGCUGAGAGCUCAAACCUUAUUCGCCAUCAGAGCAUCCACACAGGGGAGAAACCCUAUAAAUGCUGUGAGUGCGGGAAAACCUUUGCUCGGAGCUCACACCUUAUUCGCCAUCAGAGGAUCCAUACAGGGGAGAAACCCUAUGAAUGCUGUGAGUGCGGGAAAACCUUCACUCGGAGCUCACACCUUAUUCGCCAUCAGAGGAUCCACACAGGGGAGAAACCUUAUGAAUGCUGUGAGUGCGGGAAAACCUUCGCUCAGAGCUCAGGCCUUAUUACGCAUCAGAGGAGCCACACAGGAGAGAAACCCUAUAAAUGCUGUGAGUGCGGGAAAACCUUUGGUGGGAGCUCAGAGCUUAUUACACAUCAGAGAAUCCACACAGGAGAGAAACCCUAUAAAUGCUGUGAGUGCGGGAAAACCUUCAUUGAUCGCUCACACCUUAUUCGCCACCAGAGGAUCCACACAGGAGAGAAACCCUAUAAAUGCUGUGAGUGCGGGAAAACCUUCACUCAGAGCUCAGGCCUUAUUACACAUCAGAGGAGGCACACAGGAGAGAAACCCUAUAAAUGCUGUGAGUGUGGGAAAACCUUCGCUCAGAGCUCAGGCCUUAUUACACAUCAGAGGAUCCACACAGGAGAGAAACCCUAUGAAUGCUGUGAGUGCGGGAAAACCUUUGCUGGGAGAUCAGGCCUUAUUAUACAUCAGAGGAUCCACACAGGAGAGAAACCCUAUAAAUGCUGUGAGUGCGGGAAAACAUUCGCUGGGAGAUCAGGCCUUAUUACACAUCAGAGGAGUCACACAGGAGAGAAACCCUAUGAAUGCUGUGAGUGCGGGAAAACCUUCGCUGGGAGAUCAGGCCUUAUUACACAUCAGAGGAGCCACACAGGAGAGAAAAUCCUAUGAAUGCUGUGAGUGCGGGAAAACCUUUGCUGGGAGAUCAGGCCUUAUUAUACAUCAGAGGAGUCACACAGGAGAGAAACUCUAUAAAUGCUGUGAGUGUGGGAAAACCUUCCAUCACAGGUCUUCUCUUAUUUAUCACCAGAGAAGCUGCAAGGGAGAUAAACACCAUGAAAAUCUUGUCUAGGGCUCAGAAAAGAUGUUUUUUUCCUUUUCCUAAUUCCCAAGUAGUGAACUUUAAGGCAGCACUUGUGGUGUCUCAGCUCCUUCAGGUGAGUUGUCUGCUUUUCCCUUUUGCAGCUCACCCUUCCUUGGAGUGAAGCCCACAGUGUUUUUCAUCAACUCCUUUGUCCUGUGUCAUUGUCAGGGUUCCCUCCCCACUCUGAACUCCAGGGUACAGAUGUGGGGACCUGCAUGAAAGACCCCCUAAGCUUAUUCUUACCAGCUUAGGUUAAAAAUUUCCUCAAGGUACAAACUUUGCCUUGUCCUUGAACCCUAUGCUGCCACCACCAAGCGUGUUAAACAAAGAAGAGGGAAAGAGACCACUUGGAGACGUCGUCCCCCAAAAUAUCCCCCCAAGCCCUACAUACCCCCUUUUCGGGGGAGGCUUGAGAAUAAUAUCCUAACCAAUUGGUUACAAAAUCAUCAAAGACCCAAACCCCUGGAUCUUGGAACAAUGGAAAAAUCAGUCAGGUUCUUAAAGGAAGGAUUUCAUUUAAAAAAAAAAGAAAGGUAAAAAUCAUCUCUGUAAAAUCAGGAUGGAAAAUACUUUACAGGGUAUUCAGAUUCAAAACACAGAGCAUCCGCCUCUGGGCAAAACCUUAUAGUUACAGAAAACAGGAAUAAACCUCCCUCUUAACACAGGGAAAAUUCACAUGAAACAAAAAAUAAACUAAUCUGCCUUGCAUGGCUUACCUCUGCUGGUAGCAAUAUUGGAGACUUGGAUUAGGAUGGGUUGGAGAAGAUGGAUUUCUGUCUGGCCUCUCUCAGUCCCAAGAGAGAACAAACAUGUGAACAAAGAGCACAAAACAAAAGCCCCCCCCCAAGAUUUGAAAGUAUCUUGUCCCCUUAUUGGUCCUUUUGGUCAGGUGCCAGCCAGGUUAGCUGAGCUUCUUAACCCUUCACAGGUAACAGGAUGUUGCCUCUGGCCAGGAGGGAUUUUCCAGCACUGUAUACAGAAAGGUGGUGACCCUUCCCUGUAUAUUUAUGACAGUGAUGGAAGUGUGCAUCCCUCCAACAGGAAUGACCAUCAGUCCCAGGUGGGGGAACCAGGAGUGACACAACUAUUUUUUCAAGAAAGAAAAUAGCCCAUAUAGCGGCCAGGGUAACAUAGCAAAUUUCCUCAUCACUGGACACAAGCUCCAGCACUUUUCCUAGUCUAACCAAAUUUGGAGCAUCAAGUUUAUACUUUUCCUCCCACUGCAAAGUGAUUGUUAGUCAUCAGGUUCCCCCAUUAGGGACAGAUUGCCUCAUUCCCAGUUGUUCCCACGUUGCACUGGGUUCUGCUGAAUAGCAGUUGGGUUUUGUACCAUUUUUCUCAAAGUAAAUAUAACAGAGAAGGUGCAGGGAUAGAGGGUGUGACUAAGUGGGGAUUUUCCCUUAUGUUGUUUGUGAGCCUUACUGUUGGGCCUAUGUGAGUUUUACUGUUUUGCAUUAAUACUGCGUGUGCCUCAGUUUUCCUGUGUGCUGCACCAAUACCUCGGUGGUGGGAAUAGGGGUGUGUGACUUUGGCUGAGACGUCUGGGGCUGGUGAGGCUGUGUGACGUUGCAGUCUCUAUGCUUUAUGGAAAUAUGCUUUUGAAUAUGACAGAACUGGAAUAUGCUUUACACUAAAUACCCCUUGUAUGGUGUCGUUAGAAAGCUUGUAAUCAACGAAAUGUCCAUCCUAUUUGUUUGCAUGUAUUAUGUAUUAUCUUGAGGUAGGAGAAUAAGCUAUAAACUUGUAUCACUGAUGUAAAUAUAUUAAGUGGAGGCCAUUAAGGGUGUUCCAGAAACAAUCAGUUAAAUGGCUAAGUUACUUGAAAGCCUUCCUGUGUAUGUGUGGGCCAGCCCAUGGGGAAUGGAGACUAGGGGUCUUACAGUGACAUGUGACCAUGUAACCCGAUGAUGAAAUCCAUCUUAAAUCUAGUACUUUUCCAUUUGGAAGGAGGGGUGGGGACCCAGAGAGACAAAGGAUUCCUGCUUUGUGUCAAAGCUAUAAAAGGGGGUGGAGCAGGACAAAGGGGGCCAGUCAUGAGAAAUCCCCGGCUUACCACCUGAGAUGUCUGCUGGAACUAACACUACCUGGGGAAAGGAUUGGGCCCAGACUAGGAAGGAGUCUAAUCUGUGAAAGAAGUUUAUUGGAACAUCUCUGAGGGUGAGCUAUUACCUGUAAUCAGUUUCUUCAUGUAUUAGGCUUAGACUUUCCUGUUUUUGCUUUAUUUUGCUGUGUGACUUACUUUGUUCUGUCUGUUAUUACUUGAAACCACUUAAAUCCUGAUUUUUAUACUUGACAUCAUUUUUGUUUAUUAAUAAACCCAGAGUAAGUGAUGAA